AUGAUCAUGCUUGAUAACAACAAUAAAAUGAUGCCUGUGAAAACUAUUCCUCAUCAUUUUGCUGAUGUAUAUCCUGCGGUUAAACAAGAAAUAGAAACUAUUUUCGGCUCUGAGAGCGAUCAAAAUAAGUGUUACUUCAAUGUAGGAAAACCAUUAGAUACUGAUGCUCAAGUUUGUAUCAAUCUUGAUAGGUUAACCGAGAGAAGUUCCGGCAUUUUUGGCAAAACCGGGACAGCACGCCAGGAAGGAAAUAAUUCGUCAUUUGUUAAAGGUCUAAAAACGCUCUUUCCUGAUAAAGUUGUUAUAUUUUCAUUGGAUCCAGAAUCAACGCGACGACGUGGCUCACAGCCAGAUGCUACCUUAAUUAUUAAUUAUAAUUCCAUUUCUGUUGAAGAUAUCAUAUCACUCAAUGCCGAGCUUAACUUAAGUCCUACUGCAUAUGAAGCUGCUUAUUUAGUAGCAGCUAAAUAUAAAAAAGAUUGGCUAGAAACUUUGUUAUCACAAGCAGAUAAAUUAAAAGAAUUCGCACAAGAAGUGGGCGCUCAUCCCGAAUCAUUAGCAUCUUUAUAUCGAAAAUUAAGAAAUAUUGAGCGGUUACCAUUUUUAAAACCUUCAAAGGAUACCUACUCUCAAGAUAUGGUCGAUAUGAUGAUUGAAUACGUUGAUCGAGGUAUAUCGAUUAUUGUAGAGUUCGGUAAUUAUACUUCUACUUUUUGCUAUCUUUUAAUAGCAAAUAUUAUCACUCGCAGAAUUCAUGACCUUUAUACAAAAAAAAAUUUGAAGUAACCCUGUUUAGUGAUUCGUUAAGUUUUGCAAAGAGAAAAAUAUGUUACUGUUUGUUAUAAACUUUGAUUUGAGAGAAGGAAGUGUGAAAAA